AAAUCUUCCGUCGUUUUUGUAUUGCAGAAAUUGACACCCUACCUUCUCAGACACUCUCGUUCACGGUCUUCCUGUGCAGUGGAUUUCUUAAACGGGCGGCUCGUAAUUUGAUUAUUAUUUGAUAUUUAGAAAAAAAUCACUGAAUAAAAAUGGGCAAAGUCAAAGGCGGGAUGAAGUGUGUAAAAUAUCUUCUUUUCAUCUUCAAUUUCAUAUUUUGGGUGGUCGGUUCGAUGGUGCUAGCUGUCGGUCUCUGGCUCAGGUUCGACUCCACCACCACCUCCAUCUUUGAGGUAGAAAGUUCACCCACCACCUUCUUCAUAGGGGUGUACAUCCUGAUUGGAGCCGGGACGCUCAUAAUGCUCGUGGGCUUCUUUGGGUGCUGUGGAGCUGUCCGGGAGUCGCAGUGCCUUCUGGGAUUGUUUUUCUCCUCUAUCCUGGUGAUAUUCGCUGCUGAAGUGGCUGCCGGUGUGUUUGGAUUCAUGAACAAAGAUACGAUCGUCAGUGAGAUUAAGGACGUGUACACUUCAGCUGUGAAAGAUUUCAAUCAAGAUUACAGCAGCAACCACACCCUGACAGUCUUUCACGAGGAGCUUAAAUGCUGUGGCGAUGGUAAACCGGACAAGGACACCAAUAUUCAUAGAAGCUGUUCUAAGAGUGAUGAGAAGAGCUGUCUAGAUGCAAUAGAGGAGUUUUUCAAUGGUAAACUGUACAUUAUCGGAUACGUGGGGAUUGGAAUCGCUGGUGUAAUGAUCAUCGGGAUGGUGUUCAGCAUGGUUCUGUGCUGUGCAAUCCGAAACUCACGGGACGUGAUCUAACAACACCACCCUCCUCCCCUCGGCCUGCGCUGGAACCUCUGAAACAACACCCCAAACCCGCCCCCCCGCGGAGCGACCCAACGCGGGUCACAGCAGGGAGAGUGCAGGCACAGAGACACCAGCAGAACACACAGCAAUACUAAAACACACUUUCCAUGACAAACCUUUUUCCUACCAGUCUUUCUCAGUGUCUUCAAUCAAAGGCCAGUCAAAACGUUUGUGGUGGAAUUUGAACACGUUCCUCUCAGUAGUUUUGGACCCCGGCUUUACUGGCAAUGGCAAUAAAAUGGACAAUACUCUGGGAGCGAGCUGAUUGUACUGCUAAUCUGCUCUUGGAGGGAGUGUACGUACUGGUGCACAUUUCUGAUCAAACGUUUUUGUCAUGCUCUUUAUCAAUGACUACUUGAAAUGUUUGUGUUAUAAUAUAUCUCACAAUGCCUUAUAGGUAUGGAUGUCCCCCUAGAGAUCUAGAAGGGAAGCGUUGUAACCCAAAUUCCCAAUGUCUUUUUUUGUAAUUCCAUUGAUUAGUUGUGUGGAGGCAGUAGCAUGUGGAUACUGCAUUGAGAUCUGCCCGUCCCCGAUCACAUGAUACGUGUUCAUCUCAUUGGAGCUGCCCCUUCGUACAGACCCAUUGCAUUGCCAUGCCACACUAUUUAAAACAAACAAAAAACUGAUUUCCAGAGAAAAAACGAAAAGCCAUCACAAAACUAUAUAUAUAUACAUAUAUAACAUAUAUAUAUAGAGAGAGAGAUGGGUUUAAACGCCUUGGUGGAGGUUGGAUUGGUCGUUGAUUGUGUGUUUUAUGAGUUUGAUUCCCUCCAUGUCCGUACUUGUAUAUUUUGUGUGUAUUUUAGAAUGAUACAUGAUUCUUUUAAUUGUGUUUUAGUUAAUAAUGUUGAGAAUCACCUGCACUAGAAGGCAGCUCCUGUUAUCUGUAGGAAUGUUUAGAAUGUAGUCUGUGCUUUCUUAGAUUGUUUUAAAGUUAGUUAAUGACGUCCCUUGUUCUUGAAGCCACAGGGACGGUUCGGAGGGAGGCUUGAUGUUAAAGGACUGAAUCAGACUUUCUUCAGAGGUUUAACAGACUGCUUCAUACCGUGCAGAUUCCCAAUCUAAUUCCUUCCCAGUUUAAUACUCUCUUGCGAGUGCUCUGUACGAUUCUCAAGGGCUGCUUCUGCUUCAGUCGUGAGUCUCUGUAAGUCGCCUUGGAUAAAGGCGUCUGCUAAAUAAACUAAUAAUAAUAAUAAUAUUCGCCUUGCUUACUAUUCCAGCACAAAUGGAUCCAGCAUGCAUCCCUACUUCCUCCCAAUCAGCUUUGAGGAGUUUUCAGAAGCAGUUUGUACUGGAAUAUCUUUAUAUUUAUAUAUAAACUCAUGAGUAAAAGCUUUGUGAUUAGGGCCUGUGGUUUUUUUUUUUUGUACAGAGCAGAUUGUCUCCAUAGCGCCCCCUAGCCAAAAAUAACCCAGCCCAGUAAUCUUCAUUUGUGUGCACAUUCGCAUCUUUACAUUGGUGUUUUAUUUUGGCUUUUCAUUAAAGUUAAGGCUACUUUUGUGAAUGUGAACAAA